AACGCAAUGUUGUCAUACGUGUCCAAACAGGUGCCAAAUCCCAGCGCUGCCAACGACGAGGGCAUAACAGCGCUGCAUAACGCCAUAUGCGCCGGUCAUCUCGAUAUCGUUGUCUAUCUGGUGGAGAAUGGAUGCGAUGUUAACGCACAGGACAGCGAUGGCUGGACACCAUUACACUGUGCGGCGUCGUGUAAUAAUUUGUCCAUGGUCAAAUUCUUGGUAGAGAGCGGCGCCUGUAUUUUUGCCACAACUCUCUCGGAUGAAGAGACGGCUGCGGAGAAGUGUGAAGAGGACGAGGAAGGCUUUGACGGCUGUUCCCAAUAUCUUUACGGAAUUCAAGAAAAACUGGGAAUUUUGAACGCGAAUGAAGUGUUCGCUGUUUACGACUACGAGUCUCAAAAUACGGACGAACUUAGCUUUAAAGAGGGAAACGUAUUGACUGUCAUCAGGAAAGGCGAUGAACAGGAGAGGGAGUGGUGGUGGACACGGAGUGUCGACCGGGAGGGCUAUGUGCCCAGGAAUCUGCUCGGCUUGUAUCCAAGAGUCAAAUCCAAUAAAGAGCUCAAAACCAUAGCUGAAGAACAGAGCGAAUGACUGGAAUAAAGUAUCCGAUGAUGAAAAUGAAAGCGUCGAUUCCGUCCCCCAAUGCAUACCCUAACUGUGAUUAGGCUAUAGUUGUAUUAAUUAGUAUUAUUAAUGAUUAAAGAUUCUCAAUAAUCAGUGCCUUUAUUACUAUUGUUAAUACUUAUAAGUUGUAUAGAAUGGACCAAAAAACGGUCUUGAUGAUGACAUUGUAUUAUAUCAUGGUCAUUUAUCAUGAUUGAAGGGUUUAUUAUACACGGUAUUGUGUCCCAGAGAUUGACAUCAAGACAUGAGUUUUGCAGCUUAAAAGUAUCAACAGUUUUAAUUUCCAUUAAACAUUUUUGCAAUUAUUAUCACC